UAUUAAUAUCAAAAAAAGCAUUUGUUUUCAAUUGAAUCGGUUGUCUCUCUCUCAACACAUUGUGUUUCGGCGCCACUGGUUUUGACCACCGAUUUCCCGCCGAUUACAAGAAGUUAUCGUUGUUGUCAUUGUUGUUGUAUUGACCACCAUCUGAGACACAAUGGCUGAUCCACUGUCGCUGUUGCGUCAGUACAACGUAAACAAGAAGGAGAUAAUCGAGAAGAACAAUCUGAUCUGUUUCGGUGAAUAUUGUUGGCCAAAGACUGUCAAAACUAAUUACUUGAAGUACACAUCGGAAAGUUCCCGCGAAGGACCCAAAGAAUACUAUACACUGGAAUGUCUUCUCUACUUCUUGAAGAAUAUUCAACUACAACAUCCAACUUAUGUCAAACAAGCGGCCUCUGAAAAGAUACCCGUCGUCCAACGGCCGGAUCGUAAAGACUUGUUAUCGUAUUUGUGCGGCGAAACAGCUACCACUGCCUCGAUAGACAAGAGCGCACCCAUUGAACUGCCAAUUUCGGCCUCACAAUUGAAAUCGGAAUUAAUUUCGGCAGCGUCUGCAUCGGCAACACUAUCCGGCCAUGGAUUGUCGGGUAACGAUUCCGAAGCUACGCCCAAUAAGUUGGCCCGAAUGGACGAAAUGGAAAAAGUACGCAAACAGUUUGCCGCCCGAUUGGAUGCACCGAAAUUCAAGAAACCGUUGCCAUCGUCUAUAUUGCCGGGAGCUCCGGGCGAAAAGUCACUGAGAGAUGCCAUGAGUAACGAUCAAAUCGCUGCACUCAAGGCUAAACGAUUGGCCAAAAAGAGAAGUACAAUCAUUGACGCCGACACCGACCUCGAAGUCAAUCAAAACUCAUUGAGCGGUACAAUGAGUGCACCAAAUGUACACUCGGUUUUGCUUCAAUACGACUCCAACUUUACCCGAGAAAUACAGACUAAAGAAAGAAUUUGGAGAAAUAGGACUAAUAUAUUGCAAUCAACUGUAAAGAAUUUUCAAAAAUCUAUAUUUCCGACUUUACAAUCGAUUAAACUACGUGAGGACGGACACAGUUCCCACAAAAAACCCAAUACACAGAUAAGCGCCGGACAUAAUGCAAACUCAAGCAUACCGAAGAUCACACCAUCAGCCACUUCGGCCCAACAGCAACAACAACAGCAACAGUCGGCUUCGUCUCAACAACAGUACAAUCGUUACGAUCAGGAAAGGUUUGCCAAGAAUGAUACCGUCGGCUUCCGAAUUGACACCACUGGAACCUAUCACGGAUUGACACUGAAAAGUGUAACCGAAGGAUCGGCUCAGCCGAAAACAGCAACACCUGAUAUCAAACCAAAUAUACAUCAAUCGCAACACCAUUCGCACAGUAAUAGUUCGUCGCAACCGAAACUACAGAAGCGAACCUCUAGGACACCGAUUAUCAUAAUACCGGCCACUACUACAUCACUGAUAUCGAUGUACAAUGCAAAGUCCAUACUCCAGGAGCUCAAGUUUGUCGACCAUAAGACUGGCGAACAGAGACGUGAAAACGAGAUACUAAUACAGAGGCGCAAAACGGAUGGCACGAGUGUUCCCUAUCGUAUAAUAGAUAAUCCGCUCAAACUGUCCUCCGAUGACUGGGAUCGAGUGGUUGCCGUAUUUGUCCAGGGACCGGCCUGGCAGUUCAAGGGCUGGCCAUGGGAUGGAAACCCGGUCGAGAUAUUUGCCCGAAUUAAAGCCUUUCACUUGAAGUUUGACGAAAUGAAAUUAGACACAAAUGUGGCCAAAUGGUCGGUCGAAAUUAUCGAACUGUCCCGCAAUAAGCGCCAUUUGGAUCGGGCAAACCUAUUGAAGUUCUGGUCGCUACUCGACGGACAUAUAAUUAAACAUAAACAUAAUAUUUUGCGAUAUUAACGAGUCAUUUACUACUGUAUAUAUUCAUAUAUAUAUAAUGUACGUA